AUGGGUUUUUCUCAGUUUCCGAUCUGGGAUCCGAUUGGAGCCUACAGAGCCAAAAUCACCGUCCAAUUGAGAGGACAAUGCAAUGGCUUCGCUUCUCAGCUCAAUGAUCUAUGCACAAAGUACUCAACUUCCAAAGAAGAGGAAGUGGAAGAACUGAAUGGUGAGAAGAAGAAGAUGAAAGGAGGGUUGAAACUGAAGCUUAAGAUCUCGAAUCCUUCUUUACGGUGGCUGUUAAGCGGAGCUGUGGCCGGAGCGAUUUCGAGGACGGUGGUUGCUCCUUUGGAGACCAUUAGGACUCAUCUGAUGGUGGGAAGCGGCGGUGAGUCAACCACCGAGGUUUUCCGUGAUAUCAUGAAGCAUGAAGGAUGGAAAGGUCUCUUCAGGGGUAAUUUGGUCAAUGUCAUUCGAGUAGCACCUGGUCGUGCCGUUGAGCUAUUUGUAUUCGAGACAGUUAACAAGAAGUUGACUCCAAAGCUCGGAGAAGAGUCAAAAAUCCCCAUCCCGGCUUCAUUGCUCGCGGGUGCCUGUGCUGGUGUUAGCCAGACCCUCUUGACAUAUCCCCUCGAGCUAGUCAAGACCCGUAUUACAUUUCAGAGAGGUGUAUACAAAGGGAUAUUGGAUGCGUUUGUGAAAAUAAUAAAGGAGGAAGGACCAACAGAACUUUACAGAGGUCUUGCUCCGAGUCUUAUAGGAGUGGUUCCAUACGCAGCAACGAACUACUUCGCCUACGAUUCCUUAAGGAAAGCAUACAGGAAACUGUGGGAGCAGUUGGUGGGAGAGUUGUUUACAAGAACAUGUUGCAUGCUCUUGUCUGUAUACUCGAGCAAGAAGGUUUUGCGGGUUGGUACAGAGUCUGUACUUGGACCUAGUUGCUUGAAGUUGGUUCUUGCAGCUGGAAUCUCCUUCAUGUGUUACGAGGCAUGCAAGAAAAUACUCGUUGAGAACAACAACAACGAGGAAACCUGA